AUGGGCUUGGUAGCCGAAAUCCCCGCCCAAACCAUUUUCUAUGGAGGAAUUACUCUCCUAGCCUUGGGCCUUGUGAUAAACAAGCUCUUUGCCAUUCACAGAGCCCUCAAAUCUCCACUAUCUGGCAUCCCCGGACCGUGGUACGCGCCUUACACAACAAUACACCUUCGCUACGGCUUUGCCAAUGGCACGAUCUGGAAGAUGGUUGAAAAGAACCAUCGUAAGUAUGGUAGUAUCUUCCGUUUAGGUCCGCGCCAGAUUUGGAUCGCCGAUAAGGAGGCUAUGCAUCGGAUUCUGCAGACGAUCGAUCUGCCCAAAGCCAGCAUGUAUGCGGAGAUAUCGAGAGAUAGAUUCAGCCCGGGCCUUUUUGGGGAGAUUCGACCGGAACCGCAUAAGCACCUGAAAAGAUUUUUGAAUCCUGCAUUCACGAUAAACUAUGUUGACAAUCUGAAUCCAUUCUUUGCGACAUCGAUCAAAGAUUUGAUUUCGGGGUAUGCUGCCCAGAUUGACGCGAAGAAGCAUCAAAAAGGGUAUCUCUACAAGACGGAUCUCAUGGAUGACCUACAUAAACUAGCUCUAGAUAUAAUGGGAGAAUGCUCAUUCGGGCAUGGGUUCGGACAAGUCAACCCCGAAAAGAAGAUUGAUUCUGAUCUAGAUGAAAAUGUGUGGCGGUCUAUUCCGCAUAAUUUCUUCUCGGGAAUGACCAAGAGAUACCAGAUGGUAUACGUCAAACGCUUGUUCCGUAGCCUGGGGCUGGAAAUGAAAUUCGACUGGCCUUCACAGAUGAUCACGGCCAUAAAAGCAAUCAUCGAUAAGCGAAAGAAUUCAGGAAUCGACCGCCCUGAUCUUCUCCAACACCUCAUCACGGACGGAGAAAAGGCUGAUACUAGAGUAAGAAUGAACGCUCGAGACGUGACAGAUCAAAUGUCCGAAGUUCUUCUGGCAGGCUCCGAAACCACAUCGAGCACCAUCGCCUGCUUAUUCCUGGAACUACUUCGAACACCAGCGGCGAAAAAGAAGCUAUUAGCAUCGCUCCCAGUCCUCAAACCCAACGAUCUUAUCAUUGGUAGCAAAGACAUCCGUACUGACCCGAAAUUUGAAUACCUGGAUGCCUGUAUCAAGGAAGCCCUUCGUUUGCAUCCCAUUGCAUCGGAGAUGGGUCGUCGAACAGGCAAGGAAUGGGUGAAUUUGAUGGGCUAUAAUCUGCCGCCAGGUACAGUCGUCUCUGCAUCAUACCGCAACCUGCAUCGGAAUCCGGAGUUUUGGCCCCAGCCAAUGCGAUAUUGGCCCGAGAGAUGGUUGGAAGGGAGUGCAAGAGAGGGCGCACCUGAGCCUGAUGUGCGGGCAUACUUUCCUUUCUCUUCUGGGAAGCACGCGUGUAUUGGAAAGAACUUUGCAUGGGCUGAAAUGCAAAUGGUCGUUGCGAACCUCUUCUCAAGAUUCGACUUCACCGAGGUUCAAGGCCAGGACAUUGAUUUCCGACAGUAUAUCACCAUGCAGUUUAGCAAGGGGACUUGGAAGGUUAUGCUUACGCCGAGGUAUCAUGUAACGGCAUGA